AUGGAAGCCAGCGCCGGACUUGUUGCAGGGUCUCACAACCGCAAUGAACUCGUCGUCAUUCAUGGCCAUGAAGAGCACAAGCCAUCGAGGAACUUGGACGUACAGGUGUGCGAGAUAUGCGGCGAUGGCGUGGGGUUGACGGUGGACGGAAACUUGUUCGUGGCGUGCAACGAUUGUGGCUUCCCAGUGUGCAGGCCUUGCUACGAGUACGAGCGGAGGGAAGGCACCCAGAACUGCCCUCAGUGCAAAACCAGAUACAAGCGUCUCAAAGGCAGCCCCCGAAUCGAAGGAGACGACGACGAAGAGGACAUUGAUGACAUUGAACACGAAUUCAACAUUAAUCACGAUCCGGAAGAUGAUUACGAUCAGAUUAACGGCAACAACGCCACCAGAUCGCCCUAUUAUAAGACUAACAAUAAGCAGCUGGCUGAAGCCAGGCUCCGUGGAACGAAGAGCUAUGGAAGAGGCCCCGAUGAUCCUGAUCGGGAGUCACAUUUCCCACCCGUAAUCGCCGGAGUCAGAUCCCACCCGCUCUCUCAAGAUAUUAUGGUCAUGCAUCAAGAUUAUUUAUUACUGUCUUUAACUCGUGUGCAUAUUUGCGUUCUUAAUUUCGUGCAGGUAAUGCAGCAGGGCAACCUUGGCGGCAGUGAUCAACCUGAUGGCUUGAAUGAUGCCGACAUGGCCAUGAUAGAUGGAGCUAGGCAGCCACUCUCAAGGAAAGUACCAAUUGCGUUGGGCAAGAUCAACCCUUAUCGGAUGAUCAUUGUGGCUCGGCUUUUCAUUUUGGCCUUGUUUCUUCGAUACAGGCUUUUGAAUCCGGUCAAUGACGCAUUUGGUCUCUGGUUAGUGUCUGUCAUGUGUGAAAUAUGGUUUGCACUUUCAUGGAUCCUUGAUCAGUUCCCAAAGUGGUACCCCAUUGAUCGUAAGACCUACCUCGAUCGUCUUUCCCUCAGAUAUGAGAGGGAGGGUGAACCGAACAUGCUCUGCCCGGUAGAUGUGUUUGUGAGUACUGUGGAUCCCAUGAAGGAACCUCCACUUAAUACCGCCAACACAGUUCUUUCAAUCUUGUCCAUGGACUACCCUGUUGACAAGAUCUCAUGCUACAUCUCUGAUGAUGGAGCUUCCAUGCUCACCUUCGAAGCCUUAUCAGAAACUGCUGAAUUUGCGCGCAAAUGGGUACCUUUCUGCAAGAAAUUCUCUAUUGAGCCUCGAGCCCCUGAGUUCUACUUCUGUGAGAAGAUUGAUUAUCUCAAGGACAAGGCCCAGCCAACAUUUGUUGAGGAGCGUCGAGCUAUGAAGAGAGAGUAUGAGGAAUUCAAGGUUAGGAUAAACGCGCUUGUUGCGAAAUCCACAAAGGUUCCGCCAGAAGGGUGGAUUAUGCAAGAUGGGACACCGUGGCCGGGAAACAACACUCAGGAUCACCCUGGCUUGAUCCAAGUCUUUCUUGGUCACAGCGGAGGCCUUGAUACCGAAGGGAAUGAGCUUCCUCGUCUUGUCUACGUGUCUCGUGAGAAGAGGCCUGGUUUUCAACAUCAUAAGAAGGCCGGUGCCAUGAAUGCCCUGGUUCGUGUCUCGGGAGUACUUACAAAUGCUCCUUUCCUACUCAACUUGGAUUGUGAUCAUUAUGUAAACAACAGCAAGGCUGCAAGAGAGGCCAUGUGUUUCUUGAUGGACCCCCAAAUUGGAAGGAAGGUUUGCUAUGUCCAGUUCCCUCAAAGAUUUGACGGCAUUGACAGAAAUGAUCGUUACGCGAACAGAAAUAGAGUCUUUUUCGAUAUUAACAUGAAAGGUCUGGAUGGAAUUCAAGGUCCUGUGUGUGUGGGCACAGGAUGUGUGUUCAGAAGGCAAGCUUUAUAUGGCUAUGAUCCUCCGAAGGGUCCUAAGCGCCCGAAGAUGGCAAGCUGUGACUGCUUCCCGUGUUUUGGACGCCGCAAGAAUCUUCCAAAGUACUCCAAGCAUGAUGCAAAUGGAGAUGCUCCAAAUCUACAAGGAAUGCAUGGUGACAAAAAGCUACUGAUGUCCCAAAUGAAUUUUGAAAAGAAAUUCGGAGAGUCUGCAAUUUUCGUGACUUCAACAAUGAUGGAACAAGGCGGUGUCCCUUCUUCCUCAAGCCCAGCAGCGUUGCUUAAGGAAGCCAUUCUAGUGAUCAGUUGCGGUUAUGAAGACAAUACUGAAUGGGGUUUAGAGCUAGGUUGGAUUUACGGAUCUGUCACAGAGGACAUCCUAACGGGUUUCAAGAUGCAUUGCCGUGGUUGGAGGUCAAUUUACUGUAUGCCAGAUAGACCUGCAUUCAAGGGUACAGCUCCCAUCAACUUGUCAGAUCGGCUCAACCAGGUUCUUCGUUGGGCACUUGGUUCCAUUGAGAUCUUUUUCAGUCGCCACAGUCCACUCUGGUAUGGCUACAAGGGAGGGAAGCUCAAGUGGCUCGAGCGAUUUGCUUAUGUCAACACUACUGUCUACCCUUUCACCUCCCUUCCUCUUCUUGCCUAUUGUAUCCUCCCCGCCGUCUGCUUGCUCACUGAUAAAUUCAUCAUGCCAGAGAUAAGCACUUUUGCAAGCCUCAACGUCAUCGCGCUGUUUCUCUCAAUCUUUGGAACUGGCAUUCUUGAGCUGAGAUGGAGCGGAGUGAGCAUGGAAGAAUGGUGGAGAAACGAGCAGUUCUGGGUGAUUGGUGGUGUCUCAGCUUACCUCUUCGCUGUUGUGCAAGGUCUUCUCAAGGUUUUAGCCGGCAUUGACACCAACUUCACAGUCACAGCCAAGUCCCCAGAUGAUGAGGAUUUUGGAGAAUUAUACGCGUUGAAAUGGACAACCCUCCUCAUCCCUCCAACCACAAUCUUAGUCAUCAACCUUAUUGGAGUCGUUGCUGGGAUUUCAGACGCCAUAAACAACGGGAACCAAUCUAUGGGGCCUCUGCUUGGGAAGCUCUUCUUUGCUUUUUGGGUGAUUGUUCAUCUCUAUCCCUUCCUUAAAGGUCUUAUGGGGAGGCAGAACCGGACGCCAACCAUUGUCAUCAUUUGGUCAAUUCUCCUGGCUUCCAUCUUCUCGUUACUCUGGAUCCGAAUUGAUCCAUUUGUGUUGCAAACCAAGGGACCUGACACGAAACAGUGCGGAAUCAAUUGCUGA